AUGGUGGUGAGAAAGGUCUUACUAGAGGAGUUGAAACUGAGGCUGGGCCUUGAAGGGUGUGUGAAUUUUGCUCAGUGGAGAAAAAGAAGUAUUUCCGACAGUGGGAUGUGCAUCAGCAAUGUCAGAGUGGCUGGAAAGCAAAAGCUGAAGCAGAGGAGACUGAGUCCAGGGGGCUGCUGCAUAGGGGUCUGCAGUUAUACUCCUUGCUUUUCUCUCAUCCGCAGCCUCUUGCUGAAGAGGAGGCAGUUUCUUUACCAAUUCAAAAAUGUCCGCUGGGCCAAGGGUCGGCACGAGACCUAUCUGUGCUACGUGGUUAAGCGUCGGGAUAGUGCCACCUCCUUUUCAUUGGACUUUGGUCACCUUCGCAACAAGUCCGGCUGCCACGUGGAAUUGCUGUUCCUCCGCUACAUCUCCGAUUGGGAUCUGGACCCUGGCCGAUGCUACCGUGUCACCUGGUUCACCUCCUGGAGCCCCUGCUACGACUGCGCUCGGCAUGUGACCGACUUCCUGAGAGGAUACCCGAACCUCACCCUGAGGAUCUUCACCGCCCGCCUCUACUUCUGCGAGGGCCGCAAGGCUGAGCCUGAGGGUUUGCGGCGGCUGCACCGCGCUGGGGUCCAAAUCGCCGUCAUGACCUUCAAAGAUUAUUUUUAUUGCUGGAAUACUUUUGUGGCAAAUCGUGAAAGGACUUUCGAGGCCUGGGAAGGACUGCAUGAAAAUUCGGUUCGACUAACCAGACAGCUUCGACGAAUUCUCUUGCCCCUAUAUGAGGUUGAUGACUUACGAGAUGCAUUUCGUACUUUGGGACUUUGAUACCAGCCUCAGAAGGUCACAUAAAAUGAAAUCUCUGCUGAAGAUAGUCAAUGAAAGAACAAUCCUUCAAGGCUUCUCUGUUUUUUUUUUUUUGUCUUCAACUCUCACUUUCCUUGAGUUUAGAGAAAAAAAAAAAUUCAUAUAUAUGUCUUUCCAUAAAAACAUGUCUUGAAAAUAGAGAAGGAACACAGGACCACCUAGUUAAUGCGGAAACUGGUGCAGUUUUUAAUGUAACAGUGUCCCCUACUGGGAAAUGUCAGAACUGCAGGGCCUGGGAGCAUCUUAAAGUGUCAACGUUCUCUAUGCCUUUUAGGCUGAGUGAGACGAUCAAAUGCUAUCAUAAUCAGUAUCCUUUGUUAUUUGAUCUAUUUGAAUUUUCGGUGGUAUUAGUGGUAAGGUUUUCUACUCUUUUCCUUUGGGGUUCAGUUUCAACAAACCCUUCCUUCAAGCCAUCAUAUCUCCUAAUGAAAGAGCCUGGGCAAAGUUAAUCCCAAAUCGUCCUUCCAAAGCAUUAAUAUCCAAGCACGUGCUGUACAUUAUAAUUGUCUGAGGCAUGUCUUUAUGUUUGUACAUAGUGGAUUUUUGUUUUUUGGUAUGAGAUAUGCUUGGUCACCUUAGGGUGUUUUAAUAAAGGAUCUUAAAAUGGAUGAGGACUGUGAAGAGCUCUAACGGUGGGCUGAUGCCUUGAGUAGCAGAUACUCUGGAAACACAGGUCCUUUUAAAGAAGUUCGUAGUUUAGAAACAACAACCACAACCACAAACUUCACACAUAAUAACCAGUGAACGCUUGGAAGGGAGUUGCUUGAAUAUUGGGAAGAUCUAUUCUCUCUGGUGGGUCUUUUGAUCUCAGCAAUGCCAGCCAGGUGAAGAUUUCCUACCGUGUGCGUGCAUGCGUGCGUGUGUGUGUGUGUGUGUCCCCGUGCGUGUGUGUGAUGCGUCUCCCGGAGAUAUGUUCACUGUAUAAGAGAAUGUGACAAAAAAAAGAACAUGAAUAUUUGGUAGGGGAAGAUGAGAGAGCGUUGCAAGAGUAUUUUUUCCAGCAAAAUCUAGGAAGCUAACUUGGCAGAGGGUACCUUGCCUAUUAGCCCCUAAUGACUAUCCUUGACUAUGAGGAAGAAAUUCAGAAUAACCAUUUCCUACCCUCUCAAUGCAGAUGAACAGAUUCACAGGAAAAGUUGAAUGAACAACGAUAUUGGUUUAAUUUUACUGUAUGUAAAUUUUUGAAAGAUUAAAAUAUUAAAAACCCUUAUCUCAUGGAUUCAUUCAUAUUUUAUAUUAUGCUAUAUAGCAUCUAAUGAUAUUUUUGUUGUCGUAAUUUCCUUUUCUGAUCUAUUGAAAUGGAUUCCUCUUAUCUCAUAAAUUUCUACCUUUAGAAAUGAUUCUAAUAACAAAAUGU